GCAGAGAGUUACAGCUACAGAGUGGAUCUGCGCGGUCGGUGCGCAGACGCAUCAGGUGCGCACCAGGAGAGACUCCAAGACUGAUGAAUGCUGUACAGAGAACCAGACAGCUUUGGAAGAUUUGCAUACACGUAUUACAAAUGUGAAGUAUAAGAAUAAAGCGGAGGAUUUACCGAAAGCUUGAGAUAAAGAUACAAGAAAGCAAAAACAGUGUCUACAGGAGCGCUAAGCGUCGCACCGGACCAUAAACCCUUGCUCUUAAAACUGUGUCAUGAAGCGGCAGCAGCGGGACACAGACCUCCCAUAGGUCAUUUUGUCCAAGUUUCAAGUGCAUCUAAAGGGAGAAAAAGAAAUCAUGAACUCAUCAGAGUCUGUUUGGCUCUGGGAAGAGCCGUGGAACCUCAGCAGAUCGGAGGAAGAGGACCAGAAACUUUUAUUCGGUAUCGGCACGGAUAAUUUCAUUACGCUGCUGGUUUUCGGGCUCAUCUUUACGCUCGGUGUGCUGGGCAACUCCAUGGUGAUCACCGUGCUGGCCCGGAGCAAACCAGGGAAACCACGGAGCACCACCAACAUAUUCAUCCUCAACCUGAGCAUAGCAGACCUCUCCUACCUGCUUUUCUGCAUCCCUUUCCAGUCCACCAUCUACAUGAUGCCGACAUGGGUCCUAGGCGCCUUCAUCUGCAAAUUCAUCCACUAUUUCUUCACUGUGUCCAUGCUGGUGAGCAUCUUCACUCUGUCUGCCAUGUCCGUGGACCGGUACAUUGCCAUCGUGCACUCCAGAAAGUCCUCCUCUAUCCGGGUGGCGAAGCAUGCUUUCAUUGGAGUGGUGGUGAUUUGGAUACUGUCUCUGGCCAUGGCUGCGCCUAUCAUGUAUUACCAGAACAUUUUUCACAGAGGCGAGAAUCACACCUUUUGCUGGGAAGUGUGGCCAGAUCAAAACCAGAAGAAAGUCUAUGUCGUUUGCACGUUUGUUUUUGGUUAUGUGUUGCCUCUGCUGCUGAUUACCUUCUGCUAUGCAAAGGUUUUAAAUCACUUGCACAAAAAGCUCAGAAAUAUGUCAAAAAAGUCAGAGGCAUCAAAGAAAAAGACUGCUCAGACGGUCCUGGUGGUUGUGGUGGUGUUCUGCCUCUCUUGGCUCCCUCAUCACGUUGUACACCUUUGGGUGGAGUUCGGGACCUUCCCGCUGAACCAGGCCUCCUUCGUCUUACGGGUGGCCGCCCACUGCCUGGCGUACAGCAACUCAUCUGUCAACCCGGUAAUCUACGCCUUCCUGUCAGAGAACUUCAGGAAGGCUUAUAAGCAGGUGUUCAAAUGCCAGAUUGGAACCAGUGACUUCCCACUCAACGACAUCAAGGAGAUUCGCAGCAAAGCGGACACUCCGCCCUCAACUAACUGCACCAAUGUUUGACUGACAAGGUGUGGAUGGUGACAUGAAAAUUAAUUACCUUUAUUACUGCCACACUGAAAGUCAUAGUGACAGAACCAUCAGACAUGUGGGUGUGUGGAUUUUUUGAUGUAGGUAAGUAUGGUUGCUUGGAUAUUGCUACAGCUUUAUUGUUCCACAUAAGCGCUGUUGACUAUACCAGGACCAGAGGAGAUAAAGCCACUGUGGCUGCAGUACAUGAUCACUCCCUCUCUGAUCAGUCUCAGUUUCCUGCAUCUCUUCUUUCAUAAUAAAAACCUGUGGAGUCUGAAUCUGAUCCUCUCUCUAAAGUGAAAUUCAUUCCGAUUGUAGACACUAUUUACAUAUGUCACAUCACAGUAUAUUUAUAAGCCAAUGCCUUAAAAUAUAUGAGUUAAUUGUACUUUCAGAAAUCAAAAGUAUUAAAAAUCUCAAUUGGUAGACUUUUUAAAUAAUAGUAAGAGUCGCAUUAUAUUGAGUCACAACAUAAUCACCUGCUGAAGUAAAAGUGUUGUUUGAAUGUGUCUUUUCUGCCUGAAGAACAGUGUUCUUGAUUGCUUUGUAACGUUUUACAGAACUGUGAUUACUUUUUUCAGGAACAAGUAUGGGAUUAUAAUUUCAAAUUCAGUAAUUACACUAAAUUUCCUAAUCUGAUUAACGGUAUGUUACUUCGACAUUUAGAGGGUCGGUUUGUUUGCUGCUUUACCGGGAAUAAGAUGGUGGGAAGUGCGUUCAGUGGAGAAACCACAGACUGUAUAAAAGAAGUGGACGUAGCCUCCGGGUCUGAAAAGUGAAGCCAAUGAGGAAGUACCUUAAACCUGCAUUUCUAAUGGCCAGCAGGGGGCGACUCCACUGGUUUCAAAAAGAAGUACGAUUGUAUAGAAGUCUGUGAGAAAAUGACCCUAUUUCUCACUUGAUUUACAGCAACAAACACUUUCCUAAUGAGUUUAUGGUCGCAAUCACUAGUUUCAAGCCUUCAGUACAGCAUUCAUUUUGUAAAUUCUGGUCAAAUUUAGAGUAAAAUAGAUGAUAAAGCAGGGUAGCUUUAGGGCAUGGCUACCUUGUGAUUGACAAGUUGCUACCACGGCAACCUGUCAGUUAGGAUAGAGGUAUAGUAAUGCGUAUCCAUGGCACUGUGUGCAUUUAAAUAGCCAUGAACUUGUUUUUAGGUGUUGUCCGUGUUUUCGUUUAAAAACUUUGACCCUUUCACAGUGUGUUUUCAGUUCAUGAAAGUUAACUGUAACAUUUCGCCAUGUCGCCUAAAAUGUCUUGUUCAGCGUGCAGUUGUACUAAAAGACUCUCUAAGGAGUCGGCUGUUAAUUUUUUCCAAUAAGUGCAUUUUGUUUUAAACCUGCUUUUUCGCUAGCAAAUAUUAGCAUACCAAUUAAUGUCACAGUUAAUGUGAAUUACGGAUGCAUCUUGCUAACCAAGCUAGCUAGCACUAGCAUUAGCUGAUAACUCAGUGUUUCCCUCACCCCUCCCCAGCUCCACCCUCUUGUCCAAAUAUGGUAACUUCUGGCUCCAAAAAACCAAGAUGGUCACGACCAAAAUGCCAAACUCAACGCUUCAAAAUGGUAGCCCACAAACCAAUAGGUGACAUCGCGGUGGCUACGUCUACUUCUUAUAUACAGUCUAUGGGACAAACUAGUCCGGGACAUGUUAGUUUGGUUAGCUUGACACAGGGGCUGGAGGUGUGGUGGGGAGGCAGCCAGUCUUUAUGAAAAGAGAAGAAAUGCUGCUCCUGGUAACCCCAAAAUUGUCAUAAAUUUAGACAAUUUACAUGUUGUAAAAUAACACUUAGCUGGCUUAAGUGCUAAUGUUAUCCACUUCAGAGUUGGAGGGUGUAUGAACGGGACUACAGUGGUCGGUUUCACAAAGAUAGACUGUGACUAUGGCUUAGAUAACUAACUAAUAGCCAGACCUCAGACAGAUGUCUAAAUUCAUUCAUUGCACAAAGCUGUCUAGUUCUUGACUAUUUUAAAGUGGACUAAUUUGCCAUGAAUUCUGGGUAAAGUAAGACCAAAGAUACUCGCAAAGAUAACGCAUUACAGGCAGCGCCAAUGGUAUGAAAUGGUAUACACUUCCUGUCUCCUAAGUAUGCGUGCUCGACUCGCGCUCGUGCUCAGUGUGCAGUCACCGGGGCUAAGCUAGCUGUAGUCAGUACCUCCAAACUGUAGGCUGGCACCUUGUUAAACUACAACUGGUUUUCCUAUUUCUACAUGUGUUAAAUACAGAAGAUGUAAUGUGUGGGUGUGGAGUUUUGGGCUAAGUAACGAAAGUAAUGUAAAGAGUAAUUACGUUUUUCAAGUAGGCCUACCUUGAACCAAAACUGCUCACAAAAGGUCGCCGUUGUAGAUAAGAAAUAAAAAAACCUACCGUUGUCAUUGCACUCAGUAUGAUUAAAGCCUGUAUUUUUAAUAGAUUUGGUUGUAAAUAUUACGGACACCGAAGCUGAUAUUCAGAUAUGCCUGCAGCCUCACUCUAUAUUUGGCUGUUAAGUUAACAGUUUUCAGAUUGUGUUGUGCUGUAUGAGCCAUGCUGUUGGACAUAUAACGCUUGAUGCUUGUUUUGCACCCUUUCUGGUAGCCAUCUUUCUACCGAUACAAACAAUCUAACAGGAGAUCCUGUGGACAUGAGGAAUUCUGAUGUUGUAUGCCAUGUGUAUGUGAUGUGCCAAGCCUCCACACAGCAGCUUUAUCUCAGUAUAUUCAAACAAAGUAAUUAAAACUAAACAAUAUGAGACCUUUACCUUGGACCUACGGUAUCGUACAUGUACAUCUUUGGAAGUUGUGAACUUGAAGGAAUGUGUUGCAUCCAGUAUUCACUUUUUACCUGAAAAGGAUCCCAAGUUAAGUUCAGUGUGGAUUUUCAGCCUGAGGUUAGGCAACCUGUGUGUCAUGGAGGGAGCAAGUCUGCUGCAGGUUUUUGCUGCAGCAACUGAUAUGACUGAUUAACACCAACUUCAAACAGAGAGGAGGAACUAAUCAGUGUAAUCAGCAGACUCUCAUCCUCCCUGUCAGUGAGGAUCUCAGAUUUAAGAGUCAAGGAUUAUUCCCAGAGAGCAAAGGAGGUGCAGUUGAUGACUUUGCUCAAUAGCACUGACUGUUCAGAUGGUGAUGCUCAUUCAUGCCCACACAGGACUGAGGACAUUUUUUAAAAUGGGCCAUUUGCAUGGAAAUCUAAUCCAGGAGGUGCAUGGGACAUGUCUAUUUCUUUGAGAUUAUGAUGGACACAUAUGGCAAUGUGAAUGAAUGGAAAUUCUGUGGCAAAUGAUACGGAUGUGGAACAUAAAUAGAGUGUUGUUUCCUUCAAAAUACCCAUAUAAAGAGCACAUGAACAAAAUAAUAUGUUUUCAGCAGACAAUGCAUUGUUUAAUUUUGUGUUUGAGAGGGACUUAGAAAUAAAUGACACUGUAAGUAUUUCUUUAAAUGCAGAGAACCCAUUUAAUAAUUACGGAGUACAGUAAUAUUGAAAAAAGAAAAAUGCUACAAAGGCUGAAGAGGUCCCUGAUGAAAAAUACUCCAAUACAACUAGUCAUGCUAUCAUUUAUUUUAAAUUUAUGUGUAAAUAUAUUUACAAAAAAUACUGGGAAAUUACAAUGUAAAACGUUUAUAAUGAAGUUUAUUAUGAAGUACCUAUUAUGAUUAAUAUAGUGUACAUUCUUGUUGUUGCUGGGGAACAAAACAUUAGCCUACAUCUUGGAAGAAGGGUGUACCUCUGUAACUAUAGCUAUAAAAUUAUGUUUAUGCUUUUAAAAUAAUAAUAAAAGCAGUAGUAGUAGUUCUGGGAUCCAGUGUAGGAACCAUCUGACAUUCAAAACUGAUGUUAGAGAAGAACCUGGACCAGCGUUUAUGUCCUGUCAUAUCACACCAUAGACAAUUAAGGAACCAAAUACAUAUAGCCUACUUUAACUCACAAACAAACUUCAUUAAAGUUCAUUGAGCUAUUCAUAAAUUCAACAAAUAGCAUGUGAUUUUUUUCUGUUUUUACUAACUUAAAAAAGAUAUAUAAACAAUUAAACAUGCAUGAGGAAUUCCAGCUGAGGUCAUGGUCAUUACUUUAUAGUGACAGUAAACUAUCAUCAGUUAAAAGCAUUGAAAAUGUGUUCUUUUUUUCCCUUCUUUUUCAAGUCAAUUUCAAAGUAAAUAUUUGGUAUGUGAGCUGUAAUAUGUAGUAUCACUUAUUCCGGCAUAUCAAUGUUAAAACAGAUGCAGAAGUGACAACAGUAAGUAGAAUUUACAGCAUUUGUUUGUUAGCUUGACAAUCUGUGGCCCUGAACUGAAUCUGGAAGCCUCUGGAUAAAGCAGAAUGAGCCAGUUGUUUGUCAGCUGUCUGGUGAUUUGCUCCUUUCAUAACAUAUUAGCUAUUGUGAAAGGACUAAUACCCGUCUGUACCCAGUAAUUAUGUAAUAUGGACCGUAAAGUUCUUGCAGUGUAAUUUGUUUCUAUGCCCCCCCCAUCUUAUUAUAUACCAUACAUGUUCUCUUGUACAACAUGAUACGUAUUUAGUACCCCAUAUGAACAAAAUACUUACACUGGAAUUUGUGGGCUAUUCUAAAGCGUUACCUUUAAUUUACCAUGUCAGUUUUUAGUGUUAAAAAUGCUAGAGGAUUUCUAGCAUGGCAUUAAAAAGAUGUGAAAUGUCAAAGCAAACACAAACACAUGCUGAGCUGAGUGAGGACAUGCAUUAAGGUGCUCUUUCUCAGUGUAGGUUUCUUGAGGGAUUCACAUUUUUUCAGUAUUUAUUUAUUAAUCCACUUAUAUGAUACUGUUUGUUAAGCUUUAUGUGUUUUACUGCGGUUGUCCUGGUGUGUCUUUUCAACCUUGUUUCCUGUAUGAAUUCAGCUGUGCUGUUUAAAUCAAAUAAUUUACCAGAAUAGGAUAAAAAAAAAGAUUAAUUUCUUGUCUGUUUUAAUCUUUCUGUGCUUGAAAUGCAACAUGUGAAAAACAGUAAAGGCUCUCGGAAAUAUCUGGAUGGUAUUUUGAAAUAUAUCCAGGCUUUUGAUUGUGUCUUUAUGCAGUGCUACAUAUACUAUAUAAUCAUAUUAAACUUUGUGGCAUUU